AUGGAGAACAGUCCAUCCUCCGAAGGCAAAGACCCCUCAGCCUUUCUGGGCGAAAUCAUCGGAGCGCCUGUGAUUGUGAAGCUGAAUUCGGGCGUGGUUUACAAAGGCGAACUGCAGUCGGUCGAUGGUUACAUGAAUAUUGCCCUGGAGAAGACCGAGGAAUUCGUGAACGGGAAGCAAAGACGGAAUUAUGGGGACGCUUUUGUGCGGGGAAAUAAUGGUGAGAUCUUCUUCCUGGCCGGUUUGGUCUUGCGGUUUCUUGAUUCUGACUCAUAUAGUGCUUUAUAUUUCCGCAAGUUGAUCCAAAGUCCUGUUCCCUGCGUUUAUCACCAGAUCAUCGACCAUGAGAGGCCCGCUGGUGGUGAACAGGAGUACCUCGACGACAGGAUGAAAAAAAAAAAAUCGAGAAUGUCUUCCGUUCUCUGGUGGACCUUGCAACCGAAGAGCAAAUCCUAA